AUGACAAUUUUGUUAUUUUAUGUGGAUGAUAUGAUUAUAACCGGAAAUGAUGAGAAUGGGAUUAAACAUCUCAAGAAUCUUCUUAAUGCAACCUUCAAAAUGAAAGACCUUGGUAGGUUAACAUAUUUUUUGGGUUGGGAGGUUGAAUAUUGGCAGGAUGGUAUCAUGCUAAGCCAAAGGAAGUAUGCGGAAGAUCUUGUUACACAAGCAUGUCUUAGUGACCAGAAGGUAGCGCACACACCCAUGGAGAUCAAUGUGAAGUACAAAAAUGAUGAUGGAGAUCCUCUUGCAGAACCAACACUAUACCGGAGGCUCAUUGGUUGUCUAAUUUAUUUGACAAUGACAAGACCGGGCAUCUCUUAUCCGGUUCAAGUCUUGAGCAAAUUUGUUGCAAAUCCAUGUCAAUGUCACUUUUCUGCCCUCCUCAGGAUCAUUCGCUAUGUUCGGAGUACAAUUAAUCGAGGUCUAUUCUUUCAUUCAACAUCAUCACUAAACCUCAAAGGAUAUGCAGAUGCAGAUUGGGCAGGAUGCCCAAACUCUCAAAAGAGCAACAUACUGUUAUAG